UUUUGAAUGAAAAUGUAAAGCGAAUGUCCACAUGUGGUAUUAUAGAGGUGGGGGCCUAAUGCAAGUGGGAAUUUGGUUCUUUUAAUAACCAGGGGAUUCGCACCCGCGGUUAGUCGAGGGCAUACCCCAAUUUGGUUAUCUUACUCGUAAUUUGGUGUCAUAAGACAAGUCAGUGGUGCACUAUAAAAGUUAUAAUAAUGUAAUUAUGUACAGGUACAUUCCAAAAUAAAUCAUAGAAAAAGAAAAUUAGCUAUGAUUUUUCAUAAAUCUCUGAGGGCUUUUAAACUCGUGAUAGGAUUUUCACCCUCAAAAUUUGACAUUUAUGUAGAAGAAAUGCCAAGGACAAGAAUAAUGUUUACCCAGUAGUCAUUAUUUGUAUUGCACGGAACGAGACCAAUAGAAAUGUCGUCCCGAGAAAUCCUCUGCACAUUUGAAGCGAUACCAUUUAUUUCCCGAUUACGGUUAACGAGCGCGACGUGAGGGAACCAUCUUGUCGCUUUUUCAUCUUGGUCACGUUGAGUGCGCAUGCGUGGCCCUUCCAGGAAGUAAAGCUCACCGGUGCAUUGGACGCGCCGUAGCUUAAAGUUGUCAGACCAGCCCGGAACUAAAGAGCUCCAUGCUGGACAUCGUCCUCCUGUUUAGUGAGGAGGACGAUGUCGCUGUGACAAGACCACUUGUCGACCUCUAGCGACAAGCCAGCUGACUAAAAGCGUGGAGUUAUUGCGCUUUUGAUUUUCUCUCAGGAAGCUACAAACGAGUACUUCCUGUUUACUCUUCGACCUCGGAUCUCUUAAAGGGACAGGAUGAAAUAAUCGAACGCGAUCGAUUCAUCGAGCGUGAAAUGAGGGAAAAGCUCUUUACGUCGACGCCGUUCCGCGUUCAGCGACUUUGAGGAGCUUUCCGACAUGGAGCACUGGUGCGAGGACUGGAUGUCGAAUUUGCCGGAGGAGCUGCUGGACGUCCCGCUGACCCACUUGGCCAUACCUGGAAGUCAUGACACAAUGAGCUACUGCUUGGACAUCACCUCCCCCUUGGUGAGGUCCGAGUCCGACCUGUUCAGGUUGCUGGAUGAAUUUUGCUGCUGCCUCACCAGGCCCACCGUCUUUAAAUGGGCCACCACGCAGGACCGCUGCAUCGAGGACCAGCUGUCGAUGGGCAUUCGAUACUUCGACCUGCGGGUGGCGCACAAACCGGGCGACAGUUCGUCCGAGUUGUACUUCACGCACAUCUUGUACACGCACGUGACCGUCUUGGACACGCUGUGGUCCGUGGCCUCCUGGCUGGAGGGUCACCCCAAGGAGGUCGUCAUCCUGGCCUGCCGACACUUUGAGGGGCUCAGCGACGCGUUGCAUCGCUUCUUCAUAUGCAAUCUCAAGAAGAUCUUUGGAUCCAAACUCUGUCUGCGCCAGGAAGCGGACUGGUCCCUGCGGCGUCUGUGGUCGUCGGGCCGUCAGGUCCUGCUCUCGUACGACGCCGACGUCGCUUCUCGACACGCCGAGCUGCUCCCCGGCAUCCCCUACUGGUGGGCCAACCAGCGCACGGCCCGCGCCGCCAUCAACUUCCUGGAGUGGAACAAGCAGCUCGGACGGCCGGAGGGUUUCUUCGUGGCGGGCCUAAACCUGACGGCGUACAGGAAGUACAUCAUCACCAACCCCAAGGAGUCUCUGCGCACGCUGAGCCGGGGCCAGUGGCAGAGCCUGAGCGAGUGGGUGAAGGAGCAGACCCCCGGCUCGGACCCCUGCAGCCUCAACAUCAUCGCCGGGGACUUUGUCGGCCCGCUGCCGCUCUGCCCCCUCGUCGUCGGGCUCAACGGGAAACUGCUGACGGACAAAAAGCGGAGCGCGGAAAACGGAUGCUAGCCCGAGUGCCCGGCGGCGGACACUCGCGCCGGCCAAUCGACUCUGUUCGUUGAACAAUAUCUUUAUUAUAUCGAGAGUCGCUAAUGUCAAAGUUUGCUUCCCGUGGUGGUCACAAUAUUAGGGAUAGCGCUCACUAUGAUUCGUGCAUCCAUCCGUUGUAUCGACAGCCAUGCAACAACGUGAUUAAUUAAAUCCUGCAGCCUAACGAGUGAAUAAGAAGAGCUGCUACUAUUGGGAAUGUUUUGGUUUCCCUGGUGGUCGCAAUAUUAGGAACAGCUCUCAGUAGGUUGGAAUUAAGACACACUUCCAUUGAUAAGUGUAAAAUAUAUACGAAUCAAAUAUGGAAUACAAAAAAAAUAACUCAAAUUGACUUUGUUCUGACCAAGCAAGAAACACUUGACUCAGUCUAAAAUUCACUUUAUUACUUGAGUUGUUAAAUGUAAAAAAAAAAAAAAAAAAAUCAUCGUUUAUAUAUAAAAUCAAAAUAUAAAAAUGUCAACAAAUUGAACAAUCAAUAAUAGUGCCUCUAAAAUGAAUACAUAAUUUGGUUGUUAUUUCACACUUUUGAUAAAUAUAAAAUAUCUAUAUGAAGAGAAUAUACCUAUGUAAUAAAAUCAAAACUAAAAUUUUAAUUUUUAGUCCAAGCCAGAAACAAAAAUAUAAAUAGAGCCUCGAAAAUGUACUAAUUACCUGGCUGCUUUUAAUGCAUAUUUUAGUUGUUAAAUGUUAACAACAUAAUAUAUAUAUAACAUUUGAUAUCAAAAUUUAAAAAGUCUAAUCAAAUAAUCUUUACAAAUAACCAUGAAGUGUAAGACUCCACAAUACUCCCUCUGUAAUGAACACAUUUCUUGUCUCAUUUAUAUUGCAAACUUUACGUGCUGGCUGUAAAGAAGGAAAAAAAAAAAAGUUCAGGAACAUUUUGACACUGAAAGCAACGAGCAGCAACCACGUGGUGCAAUUAUGUAAUAAUGGCAGCAUUUUAUUAUUUAGGUUUUUUUUUUUUUUUUUUUUUUUAUACAU